GCAACGAACAAAACAUGCCGCUGCAACAUUUACGAUGACAGGAAGUCCCGACGUCACGAUUGGCGUGCUCGCGCUCCAGGGCGCCUUUUUGGAACACAUCACGCUGCUCACCCACGCCGCCCGAUCGUUGAAGCAGACCCAACUGGAAUCUCCAUCUCGACAAUUCCCGCCAAACACCCGCGGAACCGAGACAGCAUCACCUGCGCGCAAUGCCGCACCAUCUGUCUCCGAAGCGAAGGAAAGCAAAUCCCCGAGAUUUUCUCAAAACCAGACCGACGACCUGCCCCGGACAAUUUCGAACGCCACUGAGCCAAGCAGCACCAAGGCCCACACCACCUUUCCUCCUCAACCCUCCUUCCGCUUCAUUCAGGUCCGCACCGCAGAGCAAUUAUCCGAAUCCGAUGCACUUAUUCUGCCCGGCGGCGAAUCUACGUCCAUAUCGCUAAUUGCAGAACGAUGUGGUCUCCUCGAGCCACUACGGCAAUACGUCAAAGUGCAACGCAAGCCGGUGUGGGGCACAUGCGCUGGCUUGAUUUUGCUGGCGGAAAGUGCCAACAAGACCAAAGAGACUGGGCAAGAGUUGAUCGGAGGUUUGGACGUCCGGGUCCACAGGAACUACUUUGGAAGACAAGUAGAAUCCUUCGAGGCAGAUCUAGAACUACCUUUCCUCCAAGGAGGCAACUUCCCGGCAGUGUUCAUUCGAGCACCGGUUGUGGAGAAAGUCCUAUCAACUUCGUCGGCUAUCAUCGAUGAGAGUGAGGCUGCGAAGAAGGUAGAUGUGGAGACUAUUCUUGCGCCUCCGCGACAAGCAACGAAUGCACCGGUUGAGAUUCUCGCAAAAUUACCUGGCCGAGCUCGUGCCAUUAAGGAUAAGACAACUACAGCUGAGGAUCUGGGCGAGGAUGGAGACAUCGUGGCUGUAAAGCAGGGCAAUGUCUUCGGCACUGCGUUCCAUCCUGAGCUGACGAGUGACGAGCGCAUUCAUGCUUGGUGGUUGAGAGAAGUCAUGAGGCUGAAGUAUGGAGGGCAGAUGUGAUGAUGAGCUGAAGAAACCAUGCUCUAUUCAUGGAAUGAUUGAUGUAUGCGCUGCAUUGAUCGGGAGAUCAUGAAGCCCUCCUGGGGUGAUUGCUGUUGCUACAGCCAGACAUAGACAUCCACAGUAAUCCGCAGACACAGCUUCAAGCCUUCUGUCUGCAAGCCGAUG